AAUAGACGAAUAAAAAUAAUUUUUAAUCUGUGCAAAUCACACGUGGUGUUUGGUUUUAUUAUUAAGCUUUUUUGUAUUUAAAUAACUAAGAGUUCCAAUUGCUUACAAAACUUGGUAGGUAAUACAUUUGAAGCCCUUGUAAAAAUGUCUAAUUUACAAGAAGUAUUAAUAACCAGUGAUUCUAAUAAUACUUUAUGGACAAUUAGCGUAUGGGACCCGCAUACUGGCACAAACUUGAUGUCAUACCGCGGUGGUGGUACAGCCGAAACUAAAACUCUAACAUUCAUUGGAAAAGACUUCAUAGCAGCUGUUGAAAAAACCAAACCUAUUCUACACAUAUGGCAAUUGAAUUCUCAGCAGACGGUGCAAGGCAUGCGAUUUAUUUUACCGGGAAAGGCUAGUGCCUUUGCAGUUUCAUCGGAUGGGUCUUUUUGCCUUGCUGGAAUAGAUGAAAAAAUAUAUUUAUGGCAAUUAUCAUCAGGAAGUCUUUUAACUAUCAUUAACCGCCAUUAUCAGAAAAUAAAUCACAUUAAGUUCAUGCCUGAUGGUCGUUUUUUUGUAUCAGCCGCUGAAGAUGGCAUGGUUAUGGUUUGGUCUUUAGUAACUGUUGCAGCAAAUUCUGAAGUUGAGUUGGUUACACAAUCAACAGCAGGACAACAUGAUCCUGUAUAUAUUUUCUCUGACCAUUCAUUACCAGUGACAGAUAUGUGUAUCAGUAAAACGGGUAUUCAUGGACGCUUAUGUACUGUAUCUAGUGACAGAACAUGUAAAAUUUAUGAUUUAACCUCUGGAGAGCUACUGUUAAACCUAGUUUUUGAUGAACCAUUGUCUUCAAUUAUCUUUGAUGUACUGGAACUUAAUAUUUUUGUUGGAUCAGUCGAAGGCAAAAUACAUCAAGUUAGUCUUACUAAUGUGCCACGAAAUAGAGAUUUAUUAGUCACUGACAUUGACAAUGCUCACAUUUUUUCAUCUCAUUCAAAAGCCAUAACCUGUCUUUCUGUGUCUUUAAAUGGAGAAACUUUAAUGUCCGGUGGAAAUGAUGAACAAAUUAUUUUAUGGCAUAUUAAAAGCAGACAGCCAGUUAGAACAUUAAGACACAAGGGGCCCAUAACUAAUGCAUUUUUUUCAACUAAUUUAGAUGCUAUUUACAAACAGGAUUUUUCUCCUAGUAUUGCACUUCACAGUUUAGAGAGAACUCUUGAAAAGGAAAGUGAAGAUGUGAAUGAAGUUGAAUUGCUUGUUAGUAAACAAAUUAACUUUUGGCCACAAAUCCAUAGUGAGGAAGUUAUUACCAAUAUUACAAUACCUAAUGAAAUUGAAUUAGACAACAAAAAAAAAAUUGAUGUGAUGCAAGAAGAAAUAGACAAACUUCAAAAAAUUAAUGCUAGUUUGUAUAAAAUUUCCAUUGAAAAAGCUUUGAAUUCAGUUCAAAAGUUUGUAAAUACUACAAAGAAAAACUCAAAAAGUAAGAAUUAAAAUAUUCCUCUA